CCGAAGUGUAUAACAGACAAGACACCAGGUGUCGGGUUGACGCUGAUAGGUGAACUCUGGGGAAAAUGGACGAACCACGGAAAGGGACGUCGUGCUGCGGCGUGUCGGCUCGAGUCGUUGACAUAAACGCAGCGCCGCUUCAGCCGAGCGCGUGUUCGCAAAUUCUGGCUGCGUGGAGGUUUCUCGUCUUCGUGAUUGCGCCCAUUGCAUUAAUCUUCUUAUUAUUCAUUGGUGACGACCCGGCAUAUCGCUGCGCGUAUCUCAUUUUGUUAAUGGCCGUCUUUUGGAUCACCGAAGUGGUUCCCAUCGCUGUGACGUCACUACUACCAGUUUUCCUGUGUCCAAUGUUGGGUAUUCUGACAGCUAAAGACACGUCUUCUACCUAUAUGAAUUACCCGAGAUCUGUCAGGCAUGCAGCUCUAUUACCAUGUUUCAUGUUCUGCUCACGUUCCUGGCCCCCGUUUUACGAAGUGAACAUGACUCUAGGAUCAUCUUAA